UGAGUUCAAGAAAUAUAUAUUACACAAGAGGGUAAUGAUGUGAAGAACUGGCAGUGAUGUGGCUCCCGGCGCUUCUGUACCUGCUUGGUCAACUGGACCUGUCAGCGGGCGGGAGCGAUACAACAGAUCCCGAUGCAAUCUUCGCGGUGAACAACGGUACCGCAGCCACUGACACCAUGAUACAGCCUCACUUCGACAAUUCAACGAAACGCGAAUAUACAGCUGCAGUCGGUCAGCCUGCAUACUUACACUGCAGAGUUAAAAAUCUUGGAGAUAGAUCGGUAUCCUGGAUACGAAAACGUGAUCUUCACAUCCUCACAGUAGGUGUUCACACAUAUAGUAGCGACGCGCGAUUCGCAGCGCUGCACACCGACGGUUCCGAUGAAUGGACGCUGAGAGUGGCGCAUGCGCAGCCCAGAGAUUCUGGUGCCUAUGAGUGCCAAGUAUCGACGGAGCCUAAAAUCAGUUUGUCCUUCUGGCUUACUGUUGUAGUUUCAAAGGCCGAGAUCUUGUCGGGUCCAGAGCUGUUUGUGCGCGCCGGAUCUGAUAUUAAUUUAACAUGCGUUGCGAGGCACGCACCCGAUCCACCAAGCUUUAUAUACUGGUAUCGCGGUGCAAAUGUCGUGAACUACGCUCAACGCGGCGGCAUAAGCGUGGAAACUGAGCAGCGUACUCGCACAAGCCGUCUUCUGAUCGCGCGAGCGUCGCCAAGAGACUCGGGAAAUUAUACUUGCGCCCCAAGCAGUUCCGAUUCUGCGUCUGUGGUUGUACACGUCCUGAACGGCGAAAGACCGGCCGCCAUGCAAAGCGACGCUUACCAAACCAAGCCAACCAAUACUCUUAUAUUUUUAAUUAUACUUAUUCUAAGAAUUCAAAAACUUGACAAUAUCAUGGACACUUUUGUUUUAGUGUACACGUCCAUCGUAAAUUUUCAAAUUUUCAAACAUCGAUCUAUUAGUGAUAAUUCUGUUCGACUUAUAUCUAGAUGA